AUGUCGACAUAUAAUGAGCUUUUGAAGCCAACAAUGGGGCAGCUAGAGCUUUUUCGGUUGUUCUCCUUGAGUGAUGAAUUUAAAUACGUUACUGUGCGGCGGGAUGAAAAGAUGGAACUCGCUCAACUAUUGGAUCGUGUUCCAGUUCGGUCAAUGGAAGUGUGGAAUAGCCAAAAUGCAGGGCGUCUUCUACGGGCUAUUUUUGAGAUUGUUUUGAAACGAGGAUGGGCUCAAGUAGCAGAAAAGGCAUUGAACUUGUGCAAAAUGGUUGAAAAGAGGAUGUGGCGUGUCCAAACACCACUUCGCCAGUUCAAUGUGUUAACAGUGAAGUUAGAGAAGAAGGAUUUGGAUUGGGAGAGGCAUUUUGACCUCUCUCCACAGGAGCUUGGGCAGCUUAUUCGCAUGCCAAAGAUGGGAAGAACACUACAUAAGUUUAUCCACCAUUUCCCCAAAUUAAACCUUGCAGCUCAUGUCCAGCCUAUCACUAGCACUGUACUGAAGAUUGAGCUCAAUAUAGCACCAGACUUUCAAUGGGAAGACAAAUUUCAUGGAUAUGUGGAGCCAUUUUGGGUAAUCUUGGAGGAUAACGAUGGUGAGUACAUUCUUCAUCAUGAAUAUUUUCUGCUGAAGAAGCAGUGGCUUCGUUCAGAGACUGUUUUGCCUGUUUCUUUUAAGCACCUCAUGUUACCUGAAAAGAAUACUUCUCCCACUGAGUUAUUGGACUUGGAGCCACUUCCUGUGGCAGCAUUAAGGAAUCCAUUAUAUGAAGCUCUGUAUGAUCAUGAUUUUAAGUGUUUUAAUCCUAUCCAGACUCAAGUCUUCACUGUUUUUUAUAACUCAGAUGACAACGUCUUAGUUGCUGCACCGACAGGGAGUGGGAAGACCUUAUGUGCAGAUAUUGCUGUAUUGAGGAACCAUCAGAAGGGUACUCAAUCUGAUAGUCAUGCCAUGCGUGUUGUGUAUAUUGCACCUUCUGAUAAUGAACGUUACAGAGACUGGGAGGGGAAGUUUGGAAAGGGCCUCAAACUGUGCGUUGGGAAGUUAAUCGGAGAAAGAUCCAGAGACUUGAAACAGCUUCAGAAAUAUCAUAUUAUCAUCAGCACUCCAGAGAAUUGGGAUGCUUUAUCUCGCCACUGGAAACAGAAUAAAAAUGUCCAACAGGUUAGUCUUUUUAUUGUAGAUGAACUCCACUUGAUUGGUGGUCAGGGUGGUCCAGUCUUGGAGGCAAUAGUCUCUAGGAUGAGAUAUAUAUCAAGUCAAACUGAGAAUAAGAUUCGUAUUGCUCUGUCAACUUCUCUUGCAAAUGCAAAGGAUCUUAAAGUAUGGAUAGGGGCAACCUCGCAUGGCCUUUUCAAUUUUCCUCCUGAGGCGCGUCCCGUGCCCCUGAAAAUACGCAUACAGGGGGUGGAGUAUGCUGAUUUUGAAGCGAGGAUGCAAGCAAUGAUGAAACCAACAUACACUGCCAUUGUCCAACAUGCCAAGAAUAUUGCUAAACCAGCUCUUGUGUAUGUUCCUACAAAGAAACAUAUCCGACUAACUGCUGAGAAUCUGGUGACUUACUCAUAUGCAGACAGUGGUGAGAAACCACCAUUUUUAUUGCGGCCUUUGGAUGGUCAUAUCGAGUCUUUGAUUGGAAGACUUAAUGAUGGGAUAUUGCAAUCCACUUUGCAUGGUGGAGUGGGAUACUUGCAUGAGGGCUUAACCCUUUCAGAUCAACAAAUUUUGUCACGGCUUUUCGAAGAUGGGUGGAUUCAAGUCUCUGUAGUAAGCAGUUCAAUGUGUUGGGGAGUGUCAUUGUUUGCCCAUUUGGUGGUUGUGAGGGGAACCCAAUAUUAUGAUAGCCGGGAAAAUGUUCAUACAGAUUACCAUGUUACUGAACUGUUGCAGAUGAUGAUGGGCCAUGCCAAUCGCCCUCUGCUAGACGAUUCAGGAAAGUGUGUCAUCCUCUGCCAUGCUCCGCGCAGAGUAUUUUUCAUGUUAACAGAGUUCGUGAGAGUACAAGAGAUGAGUAUCAUUACAAAGCUAAGCUUGCUAAUAAAAAAUAUGAUUUGA